CGCGCAUGUGCAGAACUGUCAAACGCAACAGCGAAAGAAUGGAAACUCAGCGCUAAUGUGAUCAUCGCCACCCUAACACUAAAAAUACGGGUCGACUGGUGUGACAUUUACUUUAUUAUUUACCUCUCAACCAUGGGACCUCGACUUAAACUAAGAAAACAACUCUGUUGGAGCAUCUUGACUGGGAAUCUGCUCUCUUUUCACCCUCAAACAUCGGCGUGCUGAAUGAAAACAGUCCGCUGGACUCUGAGCGCGAGACCUGACAAUCCGUGGACUGGAAAAAUGUGAUUCAGGAAAUUCAUGCGUAGUUUCGCUCGUCCGGUUGUUUACACGUUUUUCGGGCGGUUUUUCUGCAUAUGUAAAGUGCAUUUUUAAUCGUCCUUGUUUUGGGAUUAAACUAACUGUGGGUUAGAUAGUGACACGUCGCGCGCUAAGCUAAUUUAGCAUUUAACUCGGGUGAUUUAAACGCACAGUAAUCCGUUUAUAAGGCGUUGUAGCUUUAAUAGACGCACAAAAUCUACAAACAACGUGGGAACUAAAGUUAAUGUUAACUUGAGUGAUUUACCAAAGUCUUGGUGGGUCUGUGUAGUUUUUAUUGGCCUGAUUUAGAAACAAUUAAAGGUGAAGCAUCACAUUAAUUUGACUUUUUCUCGUGGGAUGCCUAUAGAUGGGUGCAGGUGAUGUCCUGUAAGUGAACUUCUCAGCAGAGUGUGUUUGUAGAGGAUCAUGAUGGCUCAGCUGGAGAAUGGGCGUCUGUCGUCUGAUGACACUAUGAGUGUGAUGACUAUGGGCAGUCAGUUUGACGAGGAGAGCUCCUUCGGAUCGGACUCUGAAAUCAACGGAUUCACCAGCUCGAGAAAAAUUGACAAGUAUGGAUUCAUCGGAGGAGCCCAGAAGUAUUCAGAGGAAUCGGCUCAAGACGUGCCUCUGGAAGUGUUAAGGCACAGGGAAGUCAAAUGGUUGGAUAUGCUGAACCACUGGGACAGAUGGGUCAGUAAAAGGUUCAAGAAGGUGCGACUGCGAUGUCAGAAAGGAAUCCCGCCGUCAUUGCGAGGCAGGGCCUGGCUGUACCUGUCAGGUGGAAAAGUGAAGAGAGAGCAAAACAGUGGGAAGUUCGAGGAGUUGGAUAGGAUGGCUGGAGACCCUAAGUGGGUUGAUGUGAUAGAGAGAGAUCUACACAGACAGUUCCCCUUCCAUGAGAUGUUUGUGUCCCGAGGAGGUCAUGGACAACAGGACUUGUUCCGGGUGUUGAAGGCUUACACCCUGUACAGACCAGAUGAGGGUUACUGCCAGGCUCAGGCUCCUAUAGCAGCGGUGCUUCUGAUGCACAUGCCUGCUGAGGAUGCAUUUUGGGGUCUAGUUCAGAUUUGUGAGAAGUACCUCCCUGGAUACUACAGCGCAGGCCUGGAGGCCAUACAGUUGGAUGGACAGAUCUUAAAUGCGUUAUUAAAGCGUGUGAGUCCUCCGGCGUAUCGGCACCUUGAGAAACACAAGAUAGAGCCCAUCCUCUACAUGACGGAGUGGUUCAUGUGUGCGUUUUCCAGAACUCUACCCUGGGCAUCUGUGCUCAGAGUGUGGGACAUGUUCCUGUGUGACGGAGUGAAGAUAAUAUUCCGUGUUGGGCUGGUGUUGCUGAAAUGCAUGCUGGGAACUCGUGAGAAACUGAAGGCUUGUCCUGGUCAGUAUGAGACUAUGGAGCUUCUUAGAGCCCUGGAGCCACGAUACAUGCAGGAGGGCUUUCUCAUCCAUCAGGUGUUAGAGCUGCCCAUAUCUGCUCGAGAUGUUGAACGAGAGCACCGCGUGCAGCUGAAGCGCUGGCGGAAAGUUCAUGGCGAACUCAGCUACAAGUCCCCUCCCAGACUGCACGGCGCUCAGGCCAUCAUGUCUGCUGAGCCACACUCCCGCCAAGACCUCCGUCAGAACCCCACCAUCAUCGUUGAGUAUCCCCAGCCCUCAGACACUAAAUCUGAAUUCACUCGCAUCAAGAAAAGAAGCACCAUCCGAAAAGCCCCCAUUCCUUUGGACGUCCCCAAUCCGUAUGCUUUACCAACAGACCACAAACCAGACCCUCUUAAUAAUCAAGCACAAGACACAGCCUCAAACAAUCAGUCCAGCCAUCCUCCUCCAUCACUACAGCAAUCCCUCCUCACUACACCUGAGAAGAUGCCAGCCGGGAAGGCAAAACCUUCCUCUGAUCCACCAACCUCUGUCAUCCCAACCCCAGAUGCAUCUCCAAAUCUUUCUCGCACCCCGCCACCUCCCCAAACCUCACCGGUCCCCAUUCCCACAUACCCGACCGAGCUUCCUCUCUCCUCCAACCCGGCAAUCACUGCCGAACCACUUCCUAUCACUAAAAACUCAGGCAACACCAACAACUCAGCCCACCUUAAAGAUCCUCCACCCACUACAGACUCCACUCCGCUUCUUCCAGACGACGCACCUGUGAAUGGAAACUCGGCCGCUGCUCCCAGAGUUCCCGGUUUACGCAACUCAUGUGAGAGCGUGGGAUCAGAGGACACGUACCUGUAGCUCUCACGUCAACAUUUAGGGAGAAUGCAGUAUUGGGAAACCAGCAACCACUUUAUGCAUGAGAGCAAGAUGGGAGGAAAAAACUAUGAAUGUAUUUUUGUGCAAGAGUGAGAGUUUUGGAGGCGAUCGAUACAGUCCUAAGAAUCUUUGCCAUCAGUAUCUUUACUUCAAGACUUCAGGAAUAUAUAAAGCUUAACGACAAGAAGGAUCAAAUGACAUAAAGACGUCCGCGACUUCAUUUUGGUGUCACCAUGCACACAAACCUCUUUAUUUUUCUGUGCUAGUCCAUAGUGGACUCCACAGCCUUUGUAUUAAAAGCUCAAAAAGAUAUGGAUAUUAGUUCUUCCAUUAUUCCUCAAUCAUAAGCAGAACAGACGUUAUAAUCAAAUAUGUUUGGCUAGUUAUUGUGUUACUCGCUGCUUAACAAUAUUAGGUUACAUUGCAAGAGAUUAUAAAAUGUGACUUUCCAGUCUAACAGUUUUACAUUUAUAACCGCUCUUUUGACCACUAUUAUAAGAGUUUGUAUUCUUUUUCAGCCUCACUAAACUAUUUUAACAUGUGCAGCUGUCAUAAUAUUGAGAGCAAAGGAGCAUUUCUUGUUUCAACAUCAUGUCUGUUACCAGUAGCUGCACACAAUUAUAAUUGAACUGAAAACUUCUUAAAAACUAUUUAAGUUAAGGUGUCCUUUAACUUUUUUUUUUUUUUUUUUUUCCUGCAAAACUUGUACCUUUAUGGGUACAAAAGCUUGUCACUGGCACUGUACCUUUAAAAAAAAAAAAAAACACUUACCUGUACAUUAUAUACCCCUAAAAGAUGAAUAUUAGUACCUUAGAGUAGUAAUAUGUACCCUUAAGGUACUGCUAUGAACCAUGUAGAGGUAAGUAAGGUACAAAUUUGUCCCUGUGAUUAAAAAAAUAAAAAAGGAAGAACAUUUUGGACACUUUCUUGUGACAUUUUAUAAAACGACAACAACAAAAAAAGCUCAGGAAAAAAAAAUCCAUCCUUAUUGUGUGUUAAAAAUGUAAUAGAUGUGAUGUUGAAAUGAUGUUGGAGUGUCUCUUUAACACGUGAUGUAUUUAUUUUGUUGCUAAUGUGAGAGAAACUGAAGACUGUAAACCUAUUUCAUCUCAAGCCACCAGAUGGCGCACGUUCCUUACAAAUGAUUUCACUUGCUGAAAUGUCAAGACCUUAACCUGUUACAUUGGGAAUUUAUUUAGAUUCAUAGUUACUUGUACAGUCAUCAUCUGUGAAGAGAGUUAUGUUACAAAACAGCUAAAACGUGCUGGGUUUUUUUGGUCACGGACAUGUGAUUAAACGUCAUAGGGAGUCAUUUUUAUUUACGUUACAUUUUAAUAACAGCUGAAAUUUUCACUAUUCUCUUUCAGCUGCAUCUUAUAAUAUUUUCCUUUCUGAAAUUAUGAGAGCACUGUUUAAUUUUUUUAUGCUUAAUUACUCUGGCAAAAACUUUGAUUUGUGUGUCUAAUAUUUAAUCACUUCUCAACAACUGACUGUCAACUCUAUGUAGAUUUUGUACAAAUAAAAGCACUUAUAAUAAGA